AUGGCCUCUUCUCUUACUUUGAGAGUAGCUCGACGGAUUCCAAGUCUACUCAACGUGUCGUUUAAAGCUUCGACACCGUCAAUACACCCGUUAUGUCGAAAAAUAACUUUUACCUCUUCUCCUUUCACCCAGAACGGAGUUGUUGGAAAACUUCAGACUUCAAAACGAUGGGCGUCAUCUGUUACGCCGCAGUCUUCUGCUUCAGACCCAGCCGAAGCUGAAGCUUUGCGUUGCCUCGAACAGGGAACCGCCAAGUUAGAAGACGGAGACGUUCAAGGAGCAAAAGAACUUUAUCUACGAAGCUGUGAAAUUCAUCGCAAUGCCAGCUCAUUAUUUAAUUUGGGAGUCACUCAUUUCCAUCUUAAGGAAUAUGAUGAUGCUAUUGCCGCAUGGAAGGAGUCUAUAUCAAUGCAGCCUUCAAGUGCUGAUGCUCACACAAAUCUCGCAAGUGCAUACCUACUGACUACAGGCAAGAGGGAUCGUUCUUGUCUAGGCCGGACCUUGCCUUACAUCAUUUGGAGUAAUUCAAAUAUUAUCACUGAAAUGUACACACGGCUGAAGAAAAUCCUUCAUAGGAUCGCCUCCUCUCUGUCCCCGGAGGACGCGGAAAUCGCGUUCAACCACGCCGCCGUUCUGGAAGCAUCCAACAGGCUGGAAGAAGCUCUCGAAAAGUACAAGCUCGCUGAACAAUUUGGUGUCUCCCGCGCCGUCAUACAUAUCCGAAACAUUAGCGCCAAGAUUCUAAUGCAGCGGACAGCCUCAUCCGAAAAGGUGGAUGGAUGA